AGGCAUCGGUAGGAAACGUAAAAGAGGACUCCACAGACGAGUCGGCGUUACGAUUAGCGCGAGUAUUAGAAGUUAACAGAUAUCAGGAAAGAGAACCCCAAGAGAAGUCUUGCCCUAGCUGGUAUUAGCAUAGCAAUGGCUUCUCUAGAUACCGACGUGACGAUGGUUCCUGCAGGAGAGGGUUCGAGCGGAGCCGGACCUUCUUCCACUGUUCCAGCUUCAUCGGGGUCGACGAAGAAGGCUAAGCGAUUCGAGAUCAAGAAGUGGAACGCCGUCGCUCUCUGGGCUUGGGAUAUUGUCGUGGAUAACUGUGCGAUUUGCAGGAACCAUAUCAUGGAUCUAUGCAUCGAGUGCCAGGCUAACCAAGCUAGUGCCACAAGCGAGGAAUGCACUGUUGCGUGGGGUGUUUGCAACCAUGCAUUCCACUUCCACUGCAUCAGCCGCUGGCUCAAGACUCGUCAAGUGUGUCCAUUGGAUAACAGUGAGUGGGAGUUUCAGAAGUAUGGUCACUAGAACUUUUGUGCAGUUGAAUGGUUGGACCCUCUCUUUGUGCUGUGGCAAUGCUUUGAAGUGGCAAAUUUGAAUCAUUGUCUUCAAAUUUCCUUUAAUUUUUGCUGAUGCAAAUAUUAUCCUUGAAUAUUUGAAUACAAUUUGGGUGUGUAACAAGGAUUCAACUUUGGACUUGCACCGAGUGCAAUAUGUGAAGCAUCAUGAUCUUUUGUUAGGAUUA